CGAAAUAGCCCAGAACGUGUAUUAUAUUCAACGUUCUUGCCAUGUGAAAUACUUGGUCCUGUACCGUACCGUGCGACUUUAAUAAACAAUUUGUGAUUUAUUAACAGCGGUACAAAUUUCCGACAUAAGAAAUCAUAUUUAUGUUCGUUUCAACAAAUACAUUUUUUUUUCUCGUGACCGCAAAGUUAAAGCAUCAAAACUAUGAAGGUUUUUCUUUCAUGGAUUAAUUUUUCCUAGUCCGAAAAUAAGAAAAAACUAUACAGCAGCUACUGCCCUUUUUUGUAAGCUUUUGAAAAAUUCAAAAGAGAUUACACAAAACAAGCCUCCUUUGCCUUAUUAUCGAUAUCGUAAAAAAAACAUAUGUUCUCAAAUGGACAAGACUAAUCAAGCCACGAAUGACGCAGAAGACCCGUUAAAUAAUGAGGAUCCGACUGACCCUAACAGCUCUGGCUCGGGUUUCGCCAGUCGUGCCCGGACUAUCCCCGACUUAUCCCGACUGGGAGGCGACAACACAACUUCGGCAGCUGAUUCAUUCGAGGUGAACGAGAAGAGGAUGCUGGUUGAAGGGGGAGGAGAGGGGGAGGGAGAAGGGGGCAAUGAGUCAUCGGCUGGGAUCCAAUCGGACGCAGAAGACAACGCACAAGGAACAGAACAAUCCCUCUCUGAGAUCGAAGAGGACGUCGAGAUCAGCGACUGCGACAGCCUCGAGUUAGAUCCAGAAGCAGACUCCAGUCGCAUCCAGGGCAGCAGUGGGAAACUGGGAGGGGCCACUGUGUUCCUGGACACAUAUGGGGGAGGAGGGGAGGCGGGGUCACUGACCUGUAGCAGCAGCUGGAAGCGACUGACUGGGAGGGGCAGUAGACGCAUCACAGGCACUAGUUCACGCGGUCAUCGCGAUGCAGAUGAUGACAUCUUGGCAGACGGUGAAGACGGUGAAGGAGACGAAGACGACGACGAAGACGACUAUGAGGAGAGACUGUUGAGAUUGGAAGAGGAGGUGGAGUACUACAAGGGGGCACUGGAGGAGGCACAGGACAGGUUCCACCAGGGGGACAUGCUGUUCAUCAAGGACCUCAAAGAGGAGAACUCCAAGUUGGGAAGAGACCACAGAGUGCUGCAGUAUAAAUACAGGAGAGCUCAAAAAGAACUGGCCGAAAUAGAGAGCGAAAGGGACGCCCUCCUGUCGGAGUUGCAGAAGAACCCCGCCUCCGAGACAGCAGACACCCGACUGCAGGAGAAGAUCAACGGGGGAGGGGGAAGUAUAGUGGGUGCUGGUGGGGAUGGGGAGGGGAGUGACAACUUGAGACGCCGGCUGAAUGAGUCACAGGACGGGAGAAGUAGAUUACAGGAAGAGAACUUGAGACUUCAACAAGAGGUUCAGAGCCUGCAGCAACAGCAACAGUCCUCAAACCCAGCAGCCCAAAUUCAAACCCAGAGUUCGAGCCAGAUUAGUAGUCAAGAGGAUCUCAUUCAUCCAGAUCUAGAUGAAAAGCUACUCACCAGACCAAGGAUUAGAAGGCGUUCCCGCCGAGACAGUGAGUUGGAGGCGCAGGUGGCUAAGCUAGAGAAGGAUCUAGAAGUGAGUAGGCAGAGGGAGGAUGAGAUUACAGAACACCUUCGGGAGGCAGAGGACCACAUCGACCAUCUAGAGGGGCAACUGCAGUUCGUGCAGGAUGAAAAGACUAGACUGCUGGCCAUCAUGGAUGCCCUGAAGGCGGACGACAGAGUCCCUGAAGAGCUAGAAGUGUCCAAUGGGGAGACUGUGAACACACUCAUCGCACGCAUACACGAACUGGAGGACGAGAACCAGAACGUGAGCAGCCAACUGCGUGGCCUGCAGUCAGAGUACGCUCUGCUGGACGAGACUUACCACAACCAGAAGAGACAGUGGGAGGGGGAGGUGGAGGUGAAGGGGAGGGACCUGGAGUUGGUCCACUCCAGACUGGAGGUGUGUGAGAAGGAGAGAGGGGGGCUAAGUGAGACUAAUGAUGUGCUCAAGAACCAACUGUUCCAGCUUGAGAACCAGUGCAGUGCGUAUGGGAAAGAAGUGGAGGAGUUGUACAACAAACUGCAGGACACAGAGUGGCAGCUGAAGGAGUGCUACAGCGAGAUAGCCAAUCUGAAGAUAGACCUCAGUUUCCACAGGAGUAGUGGAUGCCAUGCUGGGUCGGCUUCUGUCAUUGAACAUGUGCACUCCGAGGACUCCGACUCCAACACUGCCCCUGAGAGUCAAGAGGGGGGAGGCGUAGGAGGCGAUAGGGCGGAAGUGACAAGAAGCAGACCAGGAGGAGUAAAAGCAGAACUGGAGAAUGCUCUGUUGGAGGUGAAUCAUAUGAAGCUGGAGAUGGAGAGGCUCAAACACUCCAUGGAUGCGAAGAACAGCGAGCUAGAGGACAAACUGCAGACUAUCUCCAGUCUGGAGUCCAGACUGAGGGAUGCGGACUCGAUUGAGGAGAGACUGAACAAGACCAUCAGUGUGUUGAGGGGAGAGAAGAGUCUGCUCCAGAAAGAGGUGACUCUGUACCGGACGCAGUGUUCUAAACUGACUGAGGUGAAGGAGGAGAACAGUGAGUUGAACGCACACGUGGCCAACCUCAAAGUCCUCCUCAUAGAAAAGACAACCGAACAGAACAACUCAUUUGCUGCAGCCAAUAAAAAACACAGUUUGGGUGCCAGCUCUGUAAACACAAACAACCUCGCUUCAGUAGAGACCACUUCAAACAAUUCCCAGUCAGUCAAAAACCCAGUCGAGAGUCAAACCCAGAACCCUCAAAUGCUCCCCAGCCAGACUAACAAACGGUCAAGUUUACCCGCGGGCAGCAGUGGAAACAAAACCCAUUUAACCCCACUGGUUGGUACACGAGUAACUACAAGCAACGAGUCGUCUACGAGACGAGAAGGCGCCACCAGUUCGGGAGCCGAAACGAGAAGAAGCGCGAAUUUGUCGUUUUCGGCGGACGAAGAAACGAGAGCAGCCGAGCAUGAUGGUCAGAGCGAGGAGCAUGUGUUAUCACCACCGCAUAGUGCUUUUGCAGAGACACAAAAUCCGAAUGGUCAACACUUUGCUGAUGAUGGAGCAAUCAGCAGCAGCGCAGCAAACUCAUCGGACCAAUUGGGAACAGCAGAAGAUGCACUGAAUAGAAUGGACAGACUAAUCCAGGGUACUAAUGACUCACAACACUCCAAGGGGGCAAAAUACCCCGCAGCUAUGCCUGCUGGCAGUGUCGUGAGUGAGAUGCAGGAGAAGUAUGAACAGAUGGUGAACAAAUACGAAGUGGAGAGGAAGAAGACUGAACAAGACGUCUCCGACCUUGAGAACAUUCUCAGAGAGGUAGAGGAGGAGAAAGAGAAGGUGGAAAAGCGGCUGAAGUUUGAGAAGGAGAGCUGUGAGUUCCACCACAAGAUGCAGCAGAAGACAUGGCACAAGGACAAGAAGAUGCUGGAAAACAAAAUUGCCGAUCUAGAGGCAAAGAUGUCUUCAAUGGAGAGUAAGAGACGUGUUGUCCUGCCCCCUCUCAGUCGAGAAGUGACCCCUCCCUCUCUGGUAUUGGACUCCCCCACUCGCACCCACUCUGAUCCCAACAGUGCCGAUGAGAGAGAGGAUCCAGACAGCGAAAUACUUGUGCAACGACUAGCUCCUCUCACUAUCCCCUCCUCCGUGUCCAGUAAAUCCCCCAACCAGCAACAGCCAGUGCCCUCUUCCCUCCUCCUGUCUGCCCCUGGAUCCAGACAAGGGUCCAGAGCAGCCUCGCCCAACUUCCUACCCAAGCGGAUGGUGGUCGCAGGACCAAGCGGUGGGGAGGGGAAGUGCUGGGAGAGACAGGACCUGGAGUUGCACUGUGCCCACUUGGAGAGUGAGAUUGACAGGUUGGAGAAUGACUCGGACAUGUACAGGGCACAGGUGGAUGAGCUCAACUUCAAGGUCGAACAGCUGGAUGAGGCGAUCAUGAAGCAGAAACGGAGCAACGAACUGGUUGAGAAGGAGCGUGAACAACUGCAGCAGCGCUUCGUGAAAUCUUUGAGGGAGAGGAGUGACCAGGACGUGGCCUUCAGGGCGGAGAGACAGCAGUGGGCGUGUGAGAAGGAGAAGCUGAUGCUGAAGUUGGAGGAGGUGCAGAGGGCGAGGAGUGCCGAACACAGGAAGAUUGAACAGGAAAUGUGUGAAGUGGGUGUGAGGCUGCGGGAGUCUGAGAAGGAGAAGAUGAAACUGCAGUUCGAGUUAGAAAAGGUGAAACAAGAAUUAGAAGCAGUGAUGUCAUCUGUUCAGUCUCAUCAGGCUGCUACUCUAUCCGACGGAGCAGAAUCAGCCGACGAACUAGAGAUAUCGCACUCAACGACUUCAAAAUCAGAGCGCCGUAGUGGAGAGAAAUUAAAGGAGCUGGAACGAGAAUAUUUGGAGACUCAAUCUAUGGUGGACAAACUAGAGAGUGAGAUCGGCCAGUUGCGGGGUGACCGGGAGAGUCUGCGGCGGGAGUUGAGUGAGAAGGAGACGGAGAACCUCUGCUGGAGGGAAUGGAAGGAGUCGGAGGCCACCAAGACACUCAAGGAAAGGGAGAACAAAUUCCUUCAAGAGAAGGAAUCGAUUCUUCACGAAUUGACAGAGUGUCAGACGCAGAUCUCGUUCCUGAAGGGAAAAUUGGCCGAACAAGUGUCGGGAGGGGAGUUGGCGGGCAAAUUCCACGAGUGGAUGGGGGAGGUGAACAAACUACACGAGAGAUACAGGGCACGCGAGAACGACGAGAAGAGCAUGCUUCAGCAAACCAAACUGCAACUGAGGACUAACCAGCAACAGUGGGAGGAGAAAGAGAGAGAGCUGAAGAAACAACUGGCCAUUCUGCAGUGUGAACUGAAAGAAAUGAAGAAGAUGAAUGAAGAGAGGCAAAAUAGAGAUAGUGAAACUAUUGAGAACUUGAAACAGGAGGUCAAGGACGUAAAGGAAAAGUUGGCGGAAAGAACUAAAGCCGAGGAGAAACUCAUCAAAAAGACCAAAGAACAGGAAAAAGAAAUUUGCAAACUAAAGAAAGAGGAAUCAUCUCUCCUCGUGAAGUUGAGUGAGCAAGAGAAACUGAGCAAGAAAGUUCUAGAAGGAGUGAAGAGUAAGUUCGAACUGUUUCUGGAGCAGUGCAGAAGGAACUUCCACGAGUCCAGACUGCAGUAUGAGUCAGAGAUAGUCACCAGCAAACAUCUCAUUGGUCAACUGCAGGCCGAAAAAGUGGACCUAGAACGUCAGCUGGAUACCAAAUCAGCCCUGCUUCAAGAAGCCCAGAGAAACAUCGAGGAGAACCGGGCCAGGAUGAUGGCACUCCAGCGAGAGUCCAGGAACAAACAGGAGUCCCUGGACACGUGUACACAACAGUUGAGUAAACUGGAGUUCGAACUGCAGAGGAAGCAGCAGGAGAGUCUGCAGCUGCACCAGAAGUUGAUGGCAGAGCAGAGACGGGUGGUGGAUAUCUUCAACAGACACACCAACACCCUCAAGAUAUACCAGAAACAGAACCGCAACAGUCGAAACAUUGAGAACUGGGACCACCAGCCUCCCUCAUCCCUCCUACUCCACUCCUCCACAUCUGACCCCAACAUGCUGGACGUGGUGGGGGAGCUGCGGAUAGUGAAUGAGGAACUGAUGGUGUCGAUGGAGAAGAGUCAGAAUGCGAGGAAGGGGGAGGUGGGGGUGCUGGAGGAACAGAUCGCCAGUCUGAAGGAGGAGAAGUUGAGGCAAAAGCAGAACUUGAUGACCAGGAUCAACGAGCUGGAGGGCCAAUUGCGUAAUGUGGACUUGGUGCAUGAGCAGCUGAAGACGGCCAUUGAGGGCUGUUCGAAGCAGCAGCGACUGUGGCAGAGUGAGAAGCAGGAGUUGAUGAAGAAGAAUGCCGAGUUGGAUCUGACCAAGUUCUCAGACAGGUCCAAGAUAUACGAACUGCAGAUUGAGACCAACAGACUCAAGAGGUUAACAGACAUUGGUUCCGAAAAGGGGUCCAAGAUGUCCGGACUGGAAGCCUAUGCUUUUGAGAAACAAGAUGACCCAAAUGCUACACAAUUUGAUGAUAAAGAGUUGGCCAAGGUGGAGCAGGAUUUGGAGAACCUUAUGGAAAGUUUCCUCGAACUCAGCAUUUCCAAAAGGAAGCAUGAUUCGAGUGAGACUAGUUCUCUGUUGAGUCGGGUGGACAGUAAGAAGCUGCAGAAGAGCAAGUCCCUCGACACAGACACAGACCCCCUCUUCACUCCUGCUAGUGCCACAUAUGCAAUCAACAUAGACACACCCCACAACAACAACAGCGACAAUCUAUCCGAAACACAGAGCUACUUCAAGUACCCUAGUCUGAGUGGGUCUGAAAGGGAGAGGGAUGGGGGCAGUAGUUGUUCAUCCUCACUUCCAGCGGGAGGGGGUAACAAGUACCAGAAGAAACAGAAGUCAGUUUUCCACAACAGCCUAUCAGACAGACACAAAAUGAAGGUGAUCCAUCGCAGCAACACCAACCCCCUCAACCACCAACUGGAGGAACACGACAUCCGGCUAGAGGGGACCUCGGAACAGCGAGGCAGUGAGUCAGAUAUAAACCAGCCCACUACGUCUUCCUCCUUAGAUCGCAGGAUGUAUCUGGGCAUAGGGGGAGGGGCACGAGGGGGUGUGUCUUCAUCCCCGAGACAUUCGACGGCGAGUACAGUGUCUUCGGGGCGUACUCACUCGUCGUCGCAGCAGUCGCAAAAGAAAAGACAUCAUAUAUUCUCCUUUUUUAAGGAGUCAAACACCAAAAAAGAUCGCUUGAAGAAUGACCAGACAAUGACUCUCGGUAACACACGUUCAGCAUCCACUUCUUACCAUCCGGAGACAUCUCAUAUGACGUCAUCAAACACAGCUCAUGAACUAUCCUCCUCCACUGACCCCCCACCCACUCCAGUUACCCCCCAGACCCCGGACAGAACAGGGGGGAGUAUUUUCAAUGUGAGGAACAGUGACUGUUCCCUGUCUAUAGCUGGAUCCUGGAAGGAUAAUGACAGCACGUGUAAGACAUUGGACUAUCCUGUGACUCACAAAGAACACAAGUUGAAGAUCACACAGAGCGAAACAUCAAUAGGAAUCAGCAGUGGAUACAUCCAGGAAAAUCCAGCCACUCCUGCGACCACUUCGCCUGCUUCUACGAUGUCGGUUCCAAGAAGAAAGAAACGAAGCAACAAUAACAACAAUAGUAACAACAGCUCAACUUUGAACAAAUUCACAAACCUGAUUCGAUCCAGGUCAAGGUCACAUGAGAAGCAGCUGUCCGAACAGUGCGAGGAUUAUCAGGAGAAGCAGCUGGUCCCGUCCAGCGUCGAGGCCAGGAAGAACUCGGGCACAAUCGAUUCGGAUACAAUGGGAGGCGCAGAGAGGAAGUGGUUCUUCACUUUGGGACGCAGGAAGAAAAGCAAGACUCCUUCUGAUGGGAAUGAAAGUGACAGUGACAAUAGGAAGAGAGCAUCUAGCAGUUCAUCAGCACCAGUAGAUAAUCAGACGGACAAAGAGUCAAGUCUGUUGACGUCCCAAGGCUCGACAGGGUCUCUCGAAGCAACUUUAGCCCAAGCAGCACGUCUUGUAACCGAAGAACUCGGCACCCUAAUAACCGAGGCCUCUGAUUUCGAAGUCUCAACUGACAAACCCUCAUCAUCGUUCGACGCAACCGAGAGCUCUUCGAGAAAUUCGAGACGCAGUGGCGAGUCAAGAGUCACUUCAAAAGACGAGAGCAAAGGAAUGUCGGCUAUCGAGAGAGCAAAAAGAGCUCUGAGCCCCAGAAGGAGCGGGGAAGAAAUGGGCAAUGAUCUUUCAGUUUCAGAGAGGUCAGGGGUCAAAUUGAGACCAAGGGCUUCAAGUCCAAUGCCGAGACCGAUUUCAACAAACUCAGUCAAAUUUCCUCCUCCAGUCAAGUAAAAAAGAUAGAGAAGCUUCACAUUUUUGAAAAACUAUUAAAUUUCUAGGAGUCUUUGUAUUUAUCACUUUAAAUGCUUUUGAAAAACAAAUUA